AUGCUCUGGCUUUCAAUCCUAUUAUGUUUGGCAACAUUAGCCGUCCUGGAAGUUAUUGAAAUUGGCUCGACUCAACAGAUUUUGCAGAAACCUUACUCACUCAUAUACUUUUCCGCUCCUGAUUGCCGAUAUUGCGCAGACUUUAAUCCGGACUUUGAGUACAUCUCCACACUCUACAACGGAAAUGAGAACCUCCAGGUCGUCAAGGUGAACGGUAGAGUCCACAAAGAUCUAGUAAAGUUGUUUGAGGUGGCAGCAUUCCCCACGCUCAAGCUUUAUGACACAACACAAAAGAAAGUACUCACAUAUUCAGAUCCUAGAACGGUUGAAGAUAUUGAGAGGUUUCUUCAAGAUAAAACGGAUGCCAUUCCCCAGUUGGACAAUAUCAUUACGGUCGUAGAAGAGGUUGCUACUCCAAAAGAUGUGGAAGCCUUGAGUUCCCAUGGAAAGGUGCUUUUAGUGUUUAUUUCACGACAAAGUUAUGACUGGUCGACCUAUUACUAUCCUGGCCACUAUUACCAAAGGUUGUCCAGAGAGUUUCCAGAAUUAAAAUUUGGAAUUGUUUUUGCCGACGAGGUUGGUACAGAGUUGAUGGAGCAGUACCAUAUCAGCAAUAUGCCUUCGGCAGUGUUUUUGGACGGACCAGCGGUCAAGAUUCUUAACACCGUCUCUACUAACCAAAUGGUAAAUUAUAAACUCACUGAGGAGAUGAUCAGAAAGUUGAUUGUGAAUGCUGACAUCAAGGAGGAGAACCUCUGGUUUGAGAACGUCGAUGCACUUGCUCAGUAUGCUGCUUCGGUGGAAUUUGAUGGUCACAAACAGCGGAAGGCCGGCAUGAAUUUCAUAGAAAGCAGAGAAUUAAAUUUGGAUGCUGAUGAGGAGUACGAGCUUCUACUCUCUAAGAUUGGUCUCUAG